CAUUUUAGUUCAGCUAUGAUAUAUUUGUGGAUAUUGUUGGUGUUACACCAAUUGAUAAUUGCGGAAAAUAGAAUAGUACCUGAUGAAUAUGAACCGAUAACUCCGAUGCGCGUACGAGAUGAUCUUAAAGCACAAACUACGCCCAAAAGAAAUCUUUUACCUAUAGAUGAUGACUCGGGUGAGGAAAAUGAGGUUGUCGAGGAAAAUGAACAAAAAAUAGAAAACAACCAUACUCCCUGCACAGUUGUGGUGGUAUCGAAUAUCCAGGCCCCAAAUAUGCAUACGCUCAUGAGAAAAUAUAGAUACGACAAAAACGGGGUGCUCAUUCCAAGCAGCGUAAAAUAUUACAUGAAAAGAUUAGAAGCCAACUCUCCUAGCUACGUGGCCUUGAGCGACCAAGCGUUUUCACCUCAAGGAGGUUUCAUUAGGUACUUUAAAGAAGUUCCACCGAUACCAAGAAUAUGGUGAUUGUUUCACACGUGAAUAAAAAAGUAACUGUAUCUUGUUACGGACGUAAAACAAAUUAAAAAUGAUUAAAACUAAUGAGAAUGUCCGGUUUU